AUGCUGUUCGCUCUUCUAGCCCUGUGUUUCCUGCUGGUGAACGUUGGAGCUCAAUCUGAGGGAUGCCUCACUCAUCACCCACUGAGCUCGACCUAUAUACGGUUCAACCUGUUCCUCAAUCCUAAUCUGGAUAUCGGAAACUGGGACAACGAACUUGCGAGCCUGGCCUGUGAUCAGGCAAAGGAAGGAGGCGAGAGUAAUUUCCAU